AUGCAUAUGAUAAAUACAGCCUUAAUUCUUUUAAUAAUCACUCAAGUUAAAGGAAUAUAUAGUGAUUCAGAUGUAGUUGAUUGCAAUGCAGAUUUAAGUGAUGAAGAACUAUCUUAAGCGAUAAAAUUACAAACUCUAGACAAAUACUUUUUUCUCAUUAUCCGUAUGUAAUUUAGUUAUUCUUAGCAAUAAUAGCCUUCAUUUUAACAUUGAUUAUAAUGCUAAGUUUUAUUAUUUAUCCGAAGACUUGGAAAAUGCCUGGAGAUAUUAUAUUUUUUAUUUCUUUUUGUGAGGCCCUCUUAUGUAUUCAUUGGUUGAGUACAAGCAUAUACUUUAUGAUUAAUGAAAUUAGUCCAUUAAGUGAUGAAUUAUUUUGCUAGCUCAAUUCAGUGGUAAGCAUAUUUGCUGGUACUGGUGAUGUCACUUACAAUCUUAUAUUCUGUCUUUAUGUUAGAAUAACUCUGAAGGAAUAAUUUGUGGCAAGAAAAAAAUUACCUCUCAUUCUUCAUUCUAUUGCAUUGUUUACGAUGAUUUCUGUAACGUUGAUAGCAAAAUUAUUUAAUUAUAAUGGAUUGUCAUUAUUUGGCACAUGUAGUUUAAAGUAUAAUCCUGGAUUUAAUUUUGCUGGGUUGGUUUUAGUUUUUAUUAACACUUUCAUGUCAGUUUAUACAAUGUUAUAUAUAAAGAAGGCUGUUCCUGAGAAUCAAAGAUAUUUAAAUUUGAUAGGAAAAGUAACUCGAUAUUAUUCUUAAUAUAUAACAGCUUAAUUUUUUAUAUAAUUAACUCAAGCAAUAAGUUAUAUUUUAGUUGGACUUAAUUGCACGAAAUUUCAAAAAGGAUGGCUAUUAAUAUUUAUUACAAUUGAAAAUUCUGCUAAAUUAUGCACUCCUUUUGUAUUAUCUAUCUUAAGACUUAGAGAUCCAACUAUAAAACGAUAAAUCUUACUAAUUUGGAAGUAAUUUUCAUCCAAAUCAUCAAUUGGCAUUUCUUUAUGUAUAUAUAUAUUUUAUAAUUUUAUCUUAGUACCUGAAGAAUAGAAUUUAGUAGUUAUUGCUAAAACUUUGCUAUUAGAUAAGGUUAACACUAUUGUUUAUAGCAUAUAAUAAAUAUUCUAAUAGGAUGAUUAUACAGAAAAUAAUUCAAAAGUAAACUAUUUAUUUUAAAAAAAAUACAAAAUAAAUAAUCAAAUUAAUGAAUCCUAAUAACCUUUAGAAUUGGAUGCGAAAAUAACUUAGGAGGAAAUCAAUGAAGAAAGUUAAUUCAUUAUUCCACCUGAGUAAGACCUAGAUAUUGAACUAAGGUUAAUGGCUUCUACUAUAAUCAUUUAUGCUCCAAAAGUUUUUCUAAAGUUGAGAAAAAAAGAUUGUAAGGUGAAUAAUUAUUCAGAUUCUUUUAAUCCAAUAGCUAAUUAAGAGUAAAUCAAUUCUUUUACAGGUCCAGAUGGUGGAAAGGGAGGAGCAUUCUUCUUUUUUACAUUCGAUAAUAAAUUAUUAAUAAAAACAAUUAGUGAAUAAGAACUUUUAGUAAUUAAAAAAAAUUUGGGAAGCUAUUUCUUUCAUCUAAGUAGAAAUGAAUCUCUUAUCUCCCCAAUUUAUGGAAUCUUUAAGUUUGUGUUACUAAAUGUAUUAUAUUAGCUUAAUUAUAGGGUUAAGAGUCUCAAAUAUUUAUAGUAAUGAGAAAUGCUCUCUAAAUUCCAUCAUCUAAUGUAAUCAGAACCUAUGACCUAAAAGGAUCCGAGUAUUAAAGAAAAGUCUUGAAACAAUAUGAUCUUAAGAAAGAUUUGACAAAGACUACUCUUAAAGAUAUUGAUUUUAAAGAAUAAGAAGGCAAAUUAUUCAUUCCUGAAAAUAUUAAAGAUCUACUAAAAGAUAAUUUAAUUAAAGAUUCUAAAUUCUUUUCAGAAUUGAAUCUAAUGGAUUAUUCAUUACUAAUAAUUAAGAUGAACUGGUCAACUUUCUCUUAAAAUAACCUUUAAAUGGAUAUAAAUAAUUAGUAUUAGAUUUCCAAGUUAUUUAAUUCAUAAUUAAGUUGUAUACCAUCCAUAAAAGAAAAAGGAGUAUAUUACCAUAUUGCAAUUAUUGAUUAUCUUUAAGAAUGGAAUGCUGAAAAAAAAAUUGAAUAGGUUACAAAAAAAGCCAUUAAUGUAAAAAUAGAUCUAGAUACUUCAGCUUAAAAUCCUUCAGAAUAUGCAAAAAGAUUUAUUGAAAAAGUUGUUAAUACUAUUAUUUGA